GAGAGUCGAGAGAGGGGAGAUCCACCAGCAGUGUAUCGCUUCAAUCCCCGCUGAGUCUGCCGGUGCACCGCACACACACACACACACCCACACACACUCACACACUCACUGAGGGCUGAGAUGUGACAGUUCACCAGAGGAAAACAGCGUGUUUCUUGUGGGAUUUUUUUAUUGUCAGCUGGAUAAUGGGAGAAGACAUGCGGGGAGUCAUUUUAAAGAUGCGAGCCACUUGGUUUCCCGUGCUUCUCUGUGCCAUGACUUCGGUGUGCGCCUUGGAAGAGACGGUGAUGGAUACAAGGACAGCGACAGCUGAGCUCGGCUGGAUAUCGUUCCCUGCCAACGGAUGGGAGGAGGUGAGCGGUUAUGAUGAAAACCUCAACACCAUCAGGACCUACCAGGUGUGCAAUGUGUUUGAUCCCAGCCAGAACAACUGGCUCCUCACGACUUAUAUCGACCGGCGGGCUGCGCAACGUAUCUAUGUGGAGAUUCGCUUCACCGUACGCGACUGCGCUUCCAUCCCCAGCGUCCUGGGCUCCUGCAAAGAGACGUUCAACCUGUACUAUCUGGAGACCGAAAGGACGUUGUCACAGAGCAUCAAAGGGGUGGAGUACUGGGCCAAUGCCCCUUUUCUUAAGGUGGACACUAUCGCAGCAGAUGAGAGUUUCUCCCAGGUGGAUUUUGGUGGAAGGCUAAUGAAGGUGAACACAGAAGUUCGGAGUUUCGGGCCAUUGUCCAAAGGCAGAGGCUUCCAUUUGGCGUUCCAGGAUUUGGGCGCUUGCAUGUCUCUUCUGGCUGUCAGAGUAUUCUAUAAGAAAUGCCCCAGCGUGGUGCAAAACUUUGCCUUCUUCCCAGAGACCCUGACUGGAGCGGAGUCCACCUCAUUAGUCAUCGCUAGAGGAAGUUGUAUCCCCAACGCUGAGGAAGUAGACGUGCCCAUAAAGCUCUACUGUAACGGAGACGGAGAGUGGAUGGUCCCCAUCGGCAGCUGCAGCUGCAAAGCGGGUUAUGAACCAGACAAUGACAACGUGUGUCGAGCUUGCCCUCAGGGGACCUUUAAGUCAUUCCAGGGUGCUGGGUUAUGUCAGCAAUGUCCGCUCAACAGUCGCUCCACCAUCGAGGCUGCCACAAUCUGCAGUUGUCGCAACGGUUAUUACCGUGGAGACAUGGACAAACCAGAGAACGUGUGCACCAGUGUUCCUUCAGCCCCGCGCAACGUGGUCUCAGUCGUCAACCAGACAUCGGUGCAGCUGGAGUGGCACCCCCCACGUGACACCGGGCACCGGGACGACAUGUCGUACAACGUUUUGUGCCGCCGGUGCCACAGCAGCGAGCGCCGGGCAUGUCAGCCAUGUGACGACAGCGUAGUAUUUGUUUCAGACAAGCAAGGGUUAAAGGAAACGAGGGUGGAGAUCAGCAAGCUGCGGGCCCACACACCUUACACCUUCGAAAUACAGGCAGUAAACGGCGUCUCCAACAAGAGCCCUUAUCCCGCCCAGCAACUGUCAAUCAACAUUACAACCAAUCAGGCUGCUCCCUCUGUAGUUCCCAUAAUGCACCAAGUGAGCUCAACAAGCCGCAGUUUCUCGUUGUCAUGGCCACCGCCCGAACAGCCCAACGGAAUUAUCCUCGACUACGAGAUACGAUACUUUGACAAGUCCCUGUCGUCAGUACUGAACAGUUCAGUGGUCCAGAGCGAAACACCCAAUGUUGUUCUGGAGGGUCUGAGGGCGGGGACCGGCUACGUGGUGCAGGUGAGGGCUCGCACUGUGGCCGGCUACGGAGCCUACAGCAAGGAAAUGCUCUUCCAAACGCUCACCGACGAUGAGUAUAAGUCAGAGCUGGGACAGCAGCUCUCCCUGAUUGCAGGCUCUUUAGUAGGUGGAGUUUGUAUUGUCUCAUUGGUAGCUAUCGCCAUCAUCUGCACCAGAAGAAGGCAGUUGAAAGAGAGUGUGUACGGUGACAAGCUGCAGCAGUACAACGCAGGAGGAGAUGUGACUCUGAGGCCUGACAUGUUCAGUGGUCCUACCCCCACUGUGACCUUUCCUACCUUGUCUGAAGGCCAUAGUUCACCGGGGGUCAAGAUCUACAUUGACCCCUUCACCUACGAGGACCCCAACGAGGCUGUCAGGGAGUUUGCCAAGGAAAUUGACCCCUCCUGUGUCAAAAUAGAGGAAGUCAUUGGAUCAGGUGAGUUUGGGGAGGUGUACAAGGGUCGCCUAAAGCCUGUUGGGAAAAAAGAAAUUCCUGUGGCCAUCAAGACCCUGAAGGUUGGCUACUCUGAGAGACAGAGGAGGGACUUCCUGUCUGAGGCGUCAAUCAUGGGCCAGUUCGACCAACCAAACAUCAUCAGACUGGAGGGCGUGGUCACCAAGAGCAGGCCUACGAUGAUCAUCACAGAGUUCAUGGAGAACGGAGCACUUGACUUGUUUCUCAGGCAAAACGAUGGGCAGUUUCCAGUGAUCCAGCUGGUUGGUAUGCUGAGGGGCAUCGCAUCUGGAAUGAGAUACCUGGCGGAAAUGAGUUAUGUUCACCGGGACCUGGCGGCUCGGAACAUCCUGGUUAACAGUAACUUGGUGUGUAAGGUUUCUGAUUUUGGAUUAUCACGUUAUCUGGAGGAGGACACCUCUGACCCUACCUACACCAGCUCACUGGGCGGUAAAAUCCCAGUGCGGUGGACGGCUCCGGAGGCGAUUGCCUACAGAAAGUUUACAUCAGCUUCAGAUGUCUGGAGUUAUGGGAUCGUCACCUGGGAGGUGAUGUCAUACGGAGAGAGGCCUUACUGGGACAUGAGCAACCAAGAUGUGAUAAAUGCCAUUGAGCAGGACUUCAGGCUGCCAGCUCCCAUGGACUGUCCGGUUGUGCUGCACCAGCUAAUGCUGGACUGCUGGCAGAAAGACAGGAACGCACGGCCUAAGUUCCCAGAUAUUGUCAGCAUGUUGGACAAAAUGAUACGCAACCCUGCAUCUCUUAAAGCCGGCACCAACAACAUUGCCCCCGGUCCAUCCCAUCAUCCUUUGUUAGACCGUGGCGCUCCAGACCUAAGCAGGUUGAGCUCUGUGGAAGACUGGCUGGCUGCAUUGAAGAUGACCCAGUACCGAGACUCCUUCCUGGGCUCGGGCUUCACUUCUUUGCCGCUCAUCACACAAAUCACAGCCGAAGAUCUUCAGAGGAUUGGAGUGUCUUUAGCCGGACACCAGAAGAAAAUCCUGACCAGUGUUCAGUCGAUGAGGCACAACAUUGAUGACCAGUCUCCUACUGGAUCUGUGUAACGACACAGGGGAGCGACCCAGUAUGAAAUAUCGACACGUGUACAGUCUGAACGAGCAAGCUAUCAUCUUUACGCUACUGUUUUACCCUCCUAUCUUGGAAAUCUUAACCACUUUGCAAGAAUUUAACAAUCACUGUGGCCAUUUUUGUAUCUUUGUGGCCUCAGCAGUCACCAGGUCCCUCCUUCAUUCAGUGGACAGACAUCACACCAUUAAGCAGAUUGAUUUAAACUAAAUGUUAACCAGUAAACUUAGAUCGGGGAGCCUGGACACACUCCAACCACACCUCUAACAACUUGGAAGGCUUACUAAUCACACCAUCCUGUACAGUUUUUCUCAGUUUCCUCAACCCACCAUCCAUUUCUCAUCCAUUCCGCCGGACCCCACUUCUCCAUUUCCAUCCCCCUCAUCCCAACCCCAUCCCUCCCCCUCAUGCAUUUACCCAUGACCCCAUCCAUCCCCCUGCUCGUCCCUAUUCAUCCCUUCUUAUUCAAUCCAGUCUCCGGGUACUGUCUGAGACACGUUGUGGGACUCCAGAGUCCCUUCCUUCCCAGCCUUCAUACAUCUGUCCCAGACAGGCCUAACCAGUCAACCAGUCACCAGCCUCCCCCGCGUUCAUCACCUUCUUUGCAUUUGUUCAUUCAUCCUCAAGAUCCUCAUAUUAUUAAACCUUUACAUGAUUGCUACAUAAUGGUCAUGGUGGGGUCCUUGCUAGUGAAAUGCCUCUUGGAGAGAAUUAAAUUUAGAUGUAGUGCAAGAGGAAAAACAAGGAAGACAUGAUUUGUGACUGCAAAAAAAUAAUGCCUGGACUUUUCUGUCUGAGUCAAACAGGUACAAUCACAAACCCCAUUCCCUCUUGCCCCGCUGUUUGAUUUGAAGACAGCGUGGCCUGGUUUUUUAUAUAAGGAUAAAUCACACAAACAUGCUACUGUGAAGACAAAACUGACCAAACAGACAUUUAUAUGAAGGGACACAAACUGGACGAAUAGCCUGACAAAAUGGUCUUUCUGGAGACCCAUUGCAGGCUUUUUAAGCUCCAGUAUGUUUUGUUGAGACUACUUCAGUGUGUUGGUGAAAAUUGCGACCAUUUGAAUCCAGACAAGAGCCAACAGUUAAUGGGACUUUGUGAAUCCAUCUUCAUAUUGAAGAGUCUGUACAUAUUAUGAUAUGGGAUGUUAAUUUCCUAUUUGCUCAUUUGCUUUCACUUUUGCCGACAGCAUCAAACAAUUAAUUGUCAGUGGUGUAUUUUGUGAGCUCUGUAUGAUUAUCUUCCUCUGCCUGGACCAUCACUGGUACACACUUUUAAGUGCUGUGGACUGCACAAAAACACAACAGAAAAUAGGUUUCAUGCUUCUAUUUUUUGUACUUCCCAUGCAGCAAAAGGAAAAAUACUCCUCAACACAGAGAGCUAGCAAAGCCUGGCCUACUUAAAGUACUUAAUUCAAAGGUUACUCAUAAUGGAUGAUGUUUUACAAUCAGCACAUAUACCCUCUGAGUAAAGGCAAUGACAGAGCAGGUAACGGAAAACAAAAUUGGAUAAAGAACUAUUAAACCAUUGCAGUGUAAUAUGGGUUUUCCUGGCUAGGAAUUAAUGCAGGCUUUAGAUAAUAGAAGAAAUGGAAAAAACGGCUUAAGAGACUGUAGUUAUGGAGUCAUUAUCAGCUGCUUAGAUGCACCUGUUGUGAGUGAACACAGCAGUGACCAUACUAUCUCAAAAGGCAGAAAAGGUUAACCAUCCGAAGUUCUUGUGAUUUGGCUGCAAAUCCUAAAGCUGACUUCCAGUCAGGAAUUAAUACACGGCCUGAACAAACCAGACAUCUAAUGGUGGUUUACCAUUUGCACAUGAAACAAAUGUAAUUUCUGUCAUAACUGUAUGGCUGCAGUCCAGAUGGUAAUCACUCUACAGUAGGCAGGGGCCUUUGUAUCAAUUUGUUCAUCAUUGGCUGUCGGACAUGUCAUUAUUGUUAGUCACAUUUCCUCCCGAUUGACUGUCAGUUUGCAGAUGAAGUGACCCAUCCACGUUCAUCUGUGGACAGCAACCUUUUCAAUGGCGGGCAUUACCCAAAACUAAUUUACAAGCAACACAGACUGAAUUCUUUGACUUGUCAGAGAAAACGAUCUAACAAGAAGAGACAGUGAAAUAAUAAAAUUCUGAAGGUGUCAAGAAGGAAAUUGCUGGCGUAUUUAUCAUGUUUUGGUGCAGAAAUGUGAUGUUUGACUCACUCAUCUUCACAAAAUAUGAUAGCAAGAAUGCCUGAUCUCCCUCUGGGGCCUGCUGAUGGAGAAGCAAUGGAAGAUCUCUUUUAUGUUAGUGCUAAGCAGAUUACCAGCUGUGAAACAACAGCAAGCUCGCUCUGCCUUUAGCCCAAACCUCUGGUCAUGCGUGGGCCCCCACAUCCCAAGGAUUACCAGUCUGCAGCACUGAUUGGAUGUUCUGAUUUCUAUUUGUCAUUCCCCUUGGAACCAUGCUCAUAAUGACAGAAGUGAGAGUAUUUAGUUGUUUGCUUUCAACACGUUUUAUGGCUGACAUGUCCUACAGGUCGAUGUGUUUUUUUUUUGUCUCACACCGCUGCUCUCCACUGCCGGGACGGCCCAAUCUCUUUUAUUAAUGAAUUUUGUGACAUUGAGAAGUCCGCAACUAUUUAAAACCUCUAAACAUUUCAGUUUCCACUUUUUUGGGGAGAGAAAACUCAGCUCCGCUGGAAUUACAUCUGUUGCCUGGCAACGAUAGGUUAUUGAACGUUUUAUCAGGAAGUAUAGAUCAACUGGGAGCUCGUCAGUGGUUCAGAGGCAUAAUUCAUUGUAAAUAGAUGCCUGUGGAAAAAACUGUUUCAGCGCUCGGGGGUUUAACAAAGAUUGAGACAAUGAGUGCUCAUAUUGAACACCAUCUAAACAUAAAAAAUGUCAUGCAGAAGAAAUGAAAGGUUCCAGCACAGACAGCCUUCUUAGUGUAACAUGUGGCUAUUUGUGAUGUGUAUAUCCUUUGCUUUGUGUUUUCUUUUUUUCAAUUUAACAAGGUUAGAUAUGAGCUUUCAAAGGUAUUUCACAUGUUUCUGUGUCAGUGUUUGAGAAAGACGUACACGAUUCACAGCACGUCUUGUAAUUUAUACUUUGAAAUGUCUUGGUUUGAGGGCAGAUAUACAACCCAGAGAGAAUAUCCCAGGGACAAAACAGAUGUGAGUUUUGUCCAAAGUGCUGCAUAAAAUGGGAACGUUUAUCGGUACAUGGUGCAUUAUUUAAAAAGAUACAGGAUAAAGUGCUUUAAGAGUUCAUCUAGAAAACUGUUUGAUGUUAGUUUUCUGAAGUGCUUAUUAAAAGUUAAAUCCACCCUAAA